AUGCAGAGCAACGGCAGCGCCACCGGACCCCUGAGCGUGUGCGGAGUAGAGGAGGAUCUCUCCAAACUUCUCAGCCCCACAGGAGGAGCCUCUAACGUGGCCGCUUUGAACCUGUCACUGACCUGCUGGCUCCACAUCCUCUCCAAGGAGUCCUCGCUGGACCUGCACCCAGACAGCGCGAACCUGGCAGUAAGGGUUGUCAUUGCCACGGUCUACUUGGCGGUCUGCGUCCUGGGGCUUGUGGGAAACCUCCUGGCACUGUUCCUGCUCCACUCCCGCCACCGUGGCACCCACUCCUCCUCCAUCGACUGCUUCGUGAUGAGCCUGGCGCUGACAGACCUCCAGUUUGUGCUCACCUUGCCCUUCUGGGCCGUGGACACGGUGCUGGACUUCCGCUGGCCCUUUGGCCGGGUCAUGUGCAAGAUCAUGAGCUCAGUCACCACCCUGAACAUGUACGCCAGCGUCUUCUUCCUCACCGCCAUGAGCGUGACCCGCUACCACUCCCUGGUCACCUCCCUGAAGAUGAGCAGCCCUCGGAGAGCCACUGCUCGGGCCAAAUGGGCCAGUUUAACCAUUUGGGUGGUUUCACUGGUGGCCACGCUGCCUCAUGCGUUCUACUCCACCACAGUCCAGUUGUCUGUAGACGACGAGCUGUGCUUAGUGCGGUUCUCUGACUCCGACUCAGGCCACUGGGAUCCUCAAGUCUUGCUUGGACUCUAUCAAACACAGAAAGUCCUCCUGGGAUUCGUAGUUCCCUUGAUUAUCAUCUCUGUGUGCUACCUCCUCCUCCUGAGGUUCAUCCUGAGCCGGCGCGUCGUUGGCAGCAUGGUCAGCGGGAGUGUGGCAGAGAGGUCAGAGUGUGAGCGAGGACGCCACCACCGCCGCUCCAAAGUCACCCGCUCUGUAACCAUCGUGGUUCUGUCCUUCUUCCUCUGUUGGCUGCCCAACCAGGCUCUCACCCUGUGGGGGGUGCUUAUCAAAUUUGACUUGGUGCCCUUUAGUAAAGCCUUCUACAACACCCAGGCGUACGCCUUCCCCCUGACUGUGUGCUUGGCUCACGCAAACAGCUGUCUCAACCCGGUGCUCUACUGCCUGAUCCGAAAAGAAUACAGAGCCGGACUGAAGAAGCUCCUGCUGAGAGUGUCCCACUCCAUCCAAAACGUUUUCACUCUGGCUCUAAGAGGGGAGAGGGUGGAGGAAGCCCCAACCAGACUGGUUAUGAUACACAAAGACAUCAAUUUGUGAGUCACUAAAAAGAAAGCUUUGACAUCAAGUGAAUGCAAUUAUUCCCUUUGAAGAGUAUUACCACCUUCCAUGUUUGCAGGCCAGAAUGCGAUUAUCUUAGCUGAGCACAAAGAGGGGAAACAGGCAGGAACAGCUAUCCCGGCUCUAUCCAAAAGGUACCGGAAACGUGACCCACCAAGAGUAAUGAAAUUCAGACAGAAACUGGUGUCACCAUGGUUAUGCACUCUGCGGCUCACAUACGUGAAAAUGCAAAAGGUCCCUUUCCAGAGUCUGUGAUUGGUUUGUCCAUUCUGGGCUUCUGUAGAAACAUGGGGGCGCAACACAGCGGACUGCUUGAAGAGGAACCGCUCCUUAUGUAGAUAUGAAGGAUUUGUUCUGAGGUAACGAAAAAACACAAACAAUUAUUUUUUUCAGAUGAUUACACAUUAAUGAAAACACAGUUAUAUUAUAUUCCAUGUCUGCCAAUAGAUCCCUCUAAAUGCUACACACGUUUGCUUUAAUUAGUGAUGUUCAGAGGUGCUGGUCGGUGGAUGUAAUACCUUUGGACAGAGAUGGGCUAGCUGUUUUCGUUUCCAGUCUUUGUGCGAAACUCAAGAAAUGGCAUUUACUAAAAUGUCAAACUUUUUCUUCUCUACUAAAGAAAAUGUUCCU